GCCACAACCACUUCACUCUCGCCGCAAGUUACUGACAACACGCGUGGAUAUGGCUGAUCAAGUAAUUACGCAGGGUGCUAUUCGGAGCAUCUUCCAGCCGAAAGGCUGCUUCGUCGAACAUCCCGUGCUGCAAUGCGUGCAGAUCAAAGCCAUGGAGCCGAAGCAGAACGAGGCGAAUCCGGUACAGCGGUACCGUGUUGUACUCAGCGACGUCCGGAAUUUCAUUCAGACGAUGCUUGUCCCGACUAUCAAUGAGAUUAUCACGUCCGGGAAGCUGAGGAAGGGCUCCAUUGUGAGGUUGUUGAAGUACAGCCCGCAGCAGGUCAAGGACAAGAAGAUUCUGAUCAUCACGGAGUUGGAGGUGCUUGACCAGUAUGGCGAGCCUGACAAGAUCGGCACGCCCGAGGCUCUCGAUUUCAAGGAUCUCAUGGACGAGAAGCCCCAGCCUCAGCCAGCUGGAAUCUCUGGCAGCAACUUCUAUGGUAAUAAGCCGGCACAACCCGCGCAACAACAACAGACUAUCGCGCACCGUCCCGGCAACCAGGGCACAUCGACGCAUCCGCAUCUCUAUCCUAUCGAGUCUCUCUCACCGUAUGCACACAAAUGGACGAUUCGGGCUCGCUGCACAGCGAAAUCGGAGUUGAUACCAUGGCAUAACGCUCGUGGCGAGGGAAAGCUCUUCAACGUCAACCUGCUCGAUGACACAGGCGAGAUCAGGGGAACGGCUUUCAAUGACACUGCCGAAAAGCUCUACAACAUCUUUGAGAAGGAUGUCGUCUACUAUAUUUCGGCUCCCUGCAGGGUGACUCUGGCUAAGAAGCAGUUCUCGAAAUUGUCCAACGAUUACGAACUGCAGUUUGAGAGGGAUACUGAGGUAGAAAAGGCCGAGGAUCAAGAAAACGCUCCCCAAGUCCGGUACAACUUCACAAAGAUUGGCGAUCUGGACGCUGUCGAAAAAGACACUAUCAUCGACACCAUCGGCGUGCUCAAAGAGGUGGGAGAGGUCAACACGAUAACGUCAAAGAGCACGCAGAAGGAUCACCAGAAGCGUGAUUUGACUAUUGCAGACGACACCCAGACUUCAGUCAAGCUCACUAUCUGGGGAGCCCAAGCUCGGUCGUUCGAUGUCCCCCUGGACUCAGUCAUUGCCUUCAAAGGUGUGAAAGUGUCUGAUUUUGGCGGCAGGAGCCUGAGUCUUCAGAGCUCUGGUUCUAUGACCGUUGAGCCGGACAUUGAUGAGGCACAUAAGCUGAGGGGGUGGUACAAUGCAGUCGGCCAAAAUGCCUCCUUCUCUACUCACCAGAAUUUGGCACCGAGUGCGGGGAAUGCCGGAAACGACACGAAGCUCAUCGCAACCGUCAUUGAAGAUGAGAGUUACCUACAAGAUACGCCUACUUACUUCACACUGAAGGCGACAGUCGUCUUCAUCAAGCAUAACUCGACGAUUGCGUACCCAGCAUGCCAGACACCGGGCUGUAACAAGAAGGUGAUUGACGAGAAUCAAGGCGAAUGGUGGUGUGAGAAAUGCCAGGUCAAGUGGCCCAGGCCUGAGUACCGAUAUAUCCUGUCGGUCAAUGUCGCGGACCAUACUGGCUCGCUUUGGCUGAAUGCUUUCGACGAAGCCGGACGUAUGAUUGUGGGAAUGUCCGCCAACGAAGCGGUGGCGCUCAAGGAUGAAGACGAAGCGAAGUUUGCGACUGUGAUGCAGGAAGCUACAUGCAAGACGUUCAGUUUCAAAGUUCGCGGCAAGUUGGAGACCUAUCAGAAUGAGCCCAAGCCGCGGUACCAGAUCCAGAAUAUUUAUACUCUGGACUAUGCUCGUGAGGCGAACAAGUUGGCGCAGAUCCUCAAGCAGUACGAGAUCAAGGACGAGAACUCGUUGUUUGUCUAGAGAGAUGCGCUAGCGAUGUUUCCUUCCGAAUGCAUAGCGAAGUUUUCGAACUGAGUAUUGGGCAAGGUGGGAAAUAUGUAUGUCUCGUACCCGUGGGUUUCAUUCCGUGCAGACGUAUGAGGACGGAUUGCGCUCUAGGGUUAUACUAGUAUGAUUCGAGGGAUAUCAUGUAUUGGUAUGUCUCGCUUGAUACGACUAGGUAUGAUAUAUCAAGAACGUGUUUAUUCUCGUUCAUAUCCCCGAGAUUUACGAACGCU